UCCAUUUUAUAUUCUGUUAUCUUUCUUUUUUAUCAAGCAUGGAGAAAAUCAUGAUGAUGGCCUCUGGAUUUGCCAUGAAGGAUGUGUCUUCUUCGAUCCCCCAUGUAGAGCUUUUGGGUGUGCUUGUCACCAUCAUCUCCGUCUCCAUUGCUCUUGCCUACCAUUACAGCAAAACAAAACCCAAAAGGUGCAUAGACCCUGAGAAAUUCCAGGAGUUCAAGCUGGUUAGGAAAACAGCAGUGAGCCACAAUGUUGCCAGAUUCCGGUUUGCUCUUCCUACCUCAAAAUCCGUCCUGGGUCUUCCUGUUGGGAAUCACAUCGUUUGCAGGGGAAAGGAUGCUGAAGGUCAAGAAGUUACUAAGCCAUACACCCCAAUCACUCUGGAUUCAGAUUUCGGCCACUUUGAACUUGUAGUGAAAAUGUACCCACAUGGAAGGAUGUCUCACCAUUUCAGGGAAAUGCACGAAGGCGACUCUCUGGCAGUGAAGGGACCUACGGGUCGUUUCGUCUACAAACCGAGCCAAGUUAGAGCUUUUGGGAUGAUUGCUGGAGGAUCUGGCAUUACCCCUAUGUUCCAGGUGACUCGGGCCAUAUUAGAGAACCCGAAAGACAAAACAAAUCUAUCCUUGAUCUAUGCCAACACAACAUUUCAGGACAUCCUGCUGAAGGAAGAAAUGGAUGAUUUUGCUAGGAAAUUCCCCAGCCGUUUCAAUGUGUACUAUGUGCUGAGCCAGCCACCGGCUGAGGGAUGGAACGGUGGUGUUGGUCGAAUAACCAAGGAUAUGAUAAGAAGCUAUUGCCCAGGUCCAGCUUCUGACAUUCAGGUCCUAAGGUGUGGACCAUCAGGCAUGAACAAGGCAAUGGCUGCUCAUCUGAAUGAGCUUGGAUACACAGCAGAUAUGCAGUUUAAAUUCUAGAACUGAUUUCUUAUUUUCUCAGUAAUAUGUAUACAAAUCAUUUGAUUCUAUUCAGCCUACAGAAUAACAAAUUUGAAUAUCUUAAACCAAUUCAGUGAGUGUCAAAUACUAUCAUUCUGCAUAAUAAAAGGUUGCCUGAGCUCUGGAGAGUGGAAGUCUCUGUUUCCUUGUUAAUAGGGAUAAGUCAUCGGUUGUGUGCACAUAAGUUUCUCAUAGGAUAUUCCGGUCACUGAUCUGGCAUGGCAUUCUGGAGAUGACUACCAUAUCCUAAUAAUUUAGAUGGCUACAAUAAUUACAACUAGACAGAAGACAAACUCGUACCGGUUUAGUUCGAGGAGCCAGAACACUAGGUUCAUUUGUCAAGUUUGAUUCUACCUCUUCAGUUAUGAAGUUUCAUUUCUCCAAAAAUGCUAGAAUAUCUGCUGCAAUGUGGAAGUGUCUCCUGAUGCAUGGACUCUAUGGGAACCAAUCUAUGUAAAGCUGGUUAACCCCUGGUGACUCUAGCCUUUGUUGGAAGAGGCCUUGGUUCGAAUGUCAUGGGACAACUCUUCACGUACAAGUCCUAUCUCCCAAAUGGAUGGCCAUUCCGAUCCCGGAUGAGCAAUGUUGUCAGUUGACAACAUGCCACAUCUAUCUAAAUCAACAAGAUUCAACCAUGUUACGCAGAAGAGAAAAUUGAAACAGUAACAAAUGCAUAAGCAACAA